UCUGGUGGGAUUAGCUGCUGGAAUCCCCUGCAUUUGUUUUGUUUUCUCACCGGGGCGAAAGCGAGAAGGAGGGAGGGAGAAAGAGCGAAACGGAGGGAGGGAGGGAGGAAAAGAUGUGUUUGUGGUCUCUUUUCCACAUGUCCCACAUUGCUAACGUCCGUAGCGUGAGGUAUGCGCUUGCAUACGUUUCUGCUCUGACUCUCGGAAUUGGCCAGAAUCUUUGAAAUGUCUGGAUCUUUUUUUCUCCUCGCAUCCUCUUUUUGUCAUGCUGGCCUUCCACUGACCAGCGAUGUAUUAUGUCUUAAACCCCUGAAAAGUUUCAAGCCAGGAGGGAUUUCACGCAGGAAAUAGUUCCAGUGGAGGUGCUGUGCAGUUGGACUGGGACUGAACUGAGGGUUGGUGUUGCUAACCAAGAACAGAGGGGAGGACUCAGAGAAAGAGAAAAAGAGUGAGGAAGAGAGAGAGAGAGAGAGAGAGAGAGAGAGAGAGAGAGAGAGAGCUGGCAAUGUGGUCUUCAGGAGGUAUAAACCGUGCGGGGGCGAUGCCUGCGUUCCUGCGGACCCCCACUAUGAUCCAGCCACACCUGGAUAUGAAGCCCUUCCUGCAGUUCCCCAUGGACACAGCUCCACCACAACACAGCAUGGGCCUGUUUCACAACUUCAACACCGUGAGUAGUAUAUACAAAACCAUGGACCCAGUUCAGAAGGCGGUGAUUAACCAUACCUUUGGCGUUCCGCUGGUGAAGACCAAGAGGCCCAUCAUCUCCUGUAACGUGUGCCAGAUACGCUUCAACUCUGAGAGCCAGGCAGAAGCCCACUACAAAGGCAACCGCCACGCCCGGAGAGUCAAAGGCAUCGAGACCUCCAAGAGUCGCCCCCAGGAGGGUGACAAGCCGGCCCCACCUGUCCCCCCCUCCCCGUCCGACCCCAGUGGACCCCAUACAGGCACCUCGGACAUCAGCGACCCCUGCAACGCAGACGAACCGCGCCCUCUGUCGUCACAGUUUAAUGGGGGACCUCUGCUGGCCCUGACUGGGCCCCUACACCCCCUGCCUCCCCUCUCCACCUCUCCCACCACCGACUCCCCCCUUGCCCCCUCUGUGUGUCCCAUGCUGACCUCCCCCACCCUCACCCCUCUUCCUCUGCUCCCCCAAUCCUCUGACUCUCCCCUGGCUUUCGGCACCACCAACCCAGACCAGAGUGGUGGUCCAGUGGCCCCUGUUGCUCCUGGGGCCCCGGCCGGCCCAGAGACAGAGGAGGACAAAGCUAAGAAACUCCUCUACUGCUCACUCUGCAAAGUAGCCGUCAACUCCCUUUCACAACUGGAGGCUCACAACAAAGGCACCAAACACAAAACUAUCCUGGAGGCUCGCAGUGGGCUGGGUCCCAUUAAGGCGUACCCUCGACUGGGCCCCAAACUCCCAGGGGAGCUGGGAGGGGGGCCGCUGGACCCCAACACUCAGGAACGCACCUUCCACUGUGAGAUUUGCAACGUGCGGGUCAACUCCGAACUGCAGCUCAAGCAGCACAUAUCUAGUCGAAGGCACCGGGACGGAGUGGCAGGGAAACCCAACCCACUCCUCAGCCGACACAAGAAGCACAGGGGGGCUGACCUCACGUCCUCUCUGACCUUCUCUAAGGAUCUCUCCAAAUGUUUGGGCGCUGGGCUCUUGCCCAGUCCCCUGGCGGUUGCCGCAGCGAUGGCCGCCGCCGCUUCCUCAAACCACCAAUUGGCUCAGCUUCGCGCCGCAGCAUCUUCCGUCCACCACCCCUCGCAUCACCACCACCACCACCUAUUACAGGGCCCGCCUCUCAGCCACGCCAUCCUAAGACCCGCCCCCGGACCCAUGCGUACCUCCCACGGGCCAAUCCUCUUCUCUCCUUACUGACUCCACCCCCCUCCACCUCGGCCAGUCAGGAGCAGCCACUCCAAAAGCACACUGUGAAGAAAAUAAUCAAAAUAAAUGACAAACAGCAAUUGGUAGGUUAAACAAAUCAUCGGUGAACAAAUCAAACGUAAAAAACAUCUAGAGGAGUAGAAAAGAAAGGGAAGAGGGUACCCUGACCUGAAACUCUCCCUCCAUCUCAUAGACUUGUGCCUGCGAGUGAUCGACUGAUGGAGAGAGAGAGAGAGAGAGAGAGAGCGAUAAGAGGAGCGAUACACAGUAUGCAUUGGAUAGACUCCCCUGUUCUUCUCUCACCUCCCCACCUCCCUCUCCCCCACACACUGUGAGAUCCAUCACUGCAUACAGCGAUAGAACAAACUGAUGAGACUGAUUGCGCACACACACACACACACACACACGCACACACACCCCUCCACUGCAGCUAACUAUUCCAGUGCAGUAUGCGCUGGGCCACACUAUAAGUAUGUAUGGUUUCCUCAUCAUUCUUUAACGUGCACUUAGUCUACUAUUCACCUCCACCUCUUCCUAUGCACCUCCAAACCAAGAGAAUAUUGUUACUAUAGUAUGCCAGUACAGUAGGCUAGCUGCUUUUCAGUGGUCUUCUUCGCUAUUAUAAACGUGUGUAGCCAUGUAUAAGUAUAGCAAUAUUCCACAAUACUGUACAUUUCUCCUCCCGCUCUCGGGGGCACAAACGAAACAGGCAACCUUGUUCCCCAUUUGUGGGUGACCCCUAGGCUCUCUUCCUAUUGGUGGACCUAUAGGUCCUUGUUAGAGUAUUACUGUGGGUGACAACAGGAUUGGGAUGGUCACGUCUUGAUGUGGGACGCGUGGGGGCGGGGCAGAGGAGAGAAGAGAACAGGACUGUAAAGGUGAUUGUGAAAAAAGGUGCUAUCUAGAACCUAAAAGGGUUCUUUGGCUGUACCCGUAGGAGAACCCUUUGAAGAACCCUUUUUUGGUUCCACGUAGAACACUUUCCACAGAGGGUUCUACAUGGAACCCAAAAGAGUUCCUCUAGAACCAAAAAGGGUUCUCCUAAUGGGGACAGAGUGUAGGGUGAUUAUGGGGGAGAGAAAGGAGAGAGGGGUAAGAGAGGAGAAAGGGAGCAGGACUCUGGGUUACUUUGUGGCAGGGCUAGGUGAGAGGACGACCAGCGUGGGUCACUGUAUAUCUAGACCCAGGGGCACUGUGGAGGAGGCGGAGACACGCUGGCGUUUGAAAAUAGAUUUUAACAACAAAGAUGGCUGCAGGGGGGGGAAGUGUGUCAACCACCAUAACGAUCACAGCUAAACCUCUCCACAGGAUAGGAGAGCGCGAGAACAGAGAGAGGAGCUAGAGCAGAGGAGGCGUGCAUUGGUUCAUACUGCCCCUUUAACACAGUAACCUGGAACCUUGCCAUAUACUCUAACUGGUAUUCUGCAUCUACUACUCAGUGAGACCGCAAUGUGAGUCUUAGACCUCAAAGUACAACCACACGAGAGUCUGUUCUCGUGUGCGUUUGUGUGUGUCCCCGAGAGCGUGUGGAGAGAAUGAUUUGUGUAUCUGUGAUAAAGCACAGGGUUCCGGAUUCCAUCCACCUAUGCAACCCCCCA